GAUCCGUCACUCAGCAGUCAUGGUUCUGUCCAAUGAGAACAGACUCCAUGUGUUCAGGCUCCUCCUCUCUGACCCUGCUCGCUCCUUCUAUUGUAGCGGGGACAAACUGUCGGGCGUUGUGCAGCUGGAGGCCGCUCACACCUGUAGAGUCGUCCGCCUCACUGUCACUGCAGCUGGCUGCGCCCGCGUUGACCAUCGCGGCGGGAAGAAACGCAAGAACUGCUGCCAGGAGGUCGAGUACCUGAAAUAUGAGGAGGAGCUACGACUGGAGGCGGAGCUUAGUAAAGACUCAAAUGGUAACUUCCUGCUGCAGGCCGGAAAAACCUACAAUUUCUUGUUUGGCUUCGAGCUGCCCGCUGCUGGGCGUCUCGUGUCAUCCUAUAAAGGAAAGUUUGGCUCCGUUCGUUACUACGUGCGGGCGUCUCUGGACAGACCUUCCCAGAAUGCUUUGCAGUGUGAGCGUGAGUUUGAGGUGGAGGAGCCGCUGGACGUGAACCGACCAGACCUGCUGGCUCCGGCUGCAGCCUCGGCUCAGAAAAAAGUCACCUGCAUGUUCAUCCCUGACGGACAGGUGUCAAUCAGUGCUCAGAUCGUCAGGAAGGGCUUCUGUGAGGGCGAGGACAUCGACAUCAACGCCAAAUUCGAGAACACGUGUUCACGCAUCGUCGUGCCGAAGGCCGCCAUCAUCGCCAAACAAACAUACAUCGCAGACGGAUGCACAAAGGUGCUGCGUCAGAAGCUGGCGGCGGCGAGGGGGAACCACAUCAUCUCGGGGAUGUGUGACAUGUGGCAGGGAAAGACCAUCAGAGUCCCCAAACUGAAGCCCACGCUGCAGGGCUGUGACAUCAUCAGGGUGGAUUACGCCCUCAUGAUCUACCUGCAUGUCCCUGGCAGCGAGAAGCUGGCGGUGGAGCUGCCACUGGUCAUUGGGACGAUCCCGUUCAGUGGCGUGGGCAGCAGGACGAGCAGCAUGAGCAGCCAGGGGGGGGCGUCGCUGAGCAGCUGGGCCUCGCUCCCCUCCGCCCCCCCGAGCUACAGCAACAUCCACCUGAGGGGGGACGCCACACUCACCCCCCUGCUACAAGACUAUGACGGGGGAGAGGACGACGACGAGGGCGGGCUGUUCAUGAGAACGCCCCCACUGUCACACCUCCUCUCCCCUCCCCCCGCCUACAGUGAGGUGGAUCGGAGCUCUGAGAUCCCCCCUCCCCUGGUCCAGGACCUCCUCACAUGACCACGCCCACAUAUACACGGCCACGCCUCCUACAGCUUCUGUAACUGUGACAACAGUUUGAUGACUCAGCAGUUUCUCUUUUCUCUGUGAUGACUCGACAGUUUCUCUGUGAUAACUCGACAGUUUCUCUGUGAUGACUCGGCAAUUUCUCUGUGAUUAGUUUUAUUUUAAAUAUGUGCAUGGAGUGUUUUUUACGUACAGCGUAACUUUUGACAAACUGAGUUGUAAAUAUGAUGUAAAUAAAAACAUUUUAUUUUUAUAUUAAAAUAAAUAAACCUGUUUGACAUCUG